GUACACUCUGUGCGUACUACACAGUUGCUUUCACUAAUGGAAUUGUAACGGUAUACGCACAUAUCCCCCCCCCCCCUCCUCGUUCUCUCCUCUCCUUUCUCCUCGCUUCUAUUUCACCUGCGGACUAAUAAUAUUCCAAAAUAAUCAGAGAGAGAGACCAUAGGAGACAAACAUUCCUCACUUCCUCCUCGCAGCUCCUUUCAUCCCAUCCAUUCGCGUUUAUGCGCGCGCUUCUCUCCCGCGACACGCAUUCCAUUUCCAUCCAGCACAUAUAACAUAUACGUAUAUUACACGCACGCGAGCAGCGCGCUGAGCGAGUCUGCACGAGAGGCACGAGCGCCGAGCUACUCUUCCACGGCCUAACGGUGUGCGGAGACUACAGGAAGCCGUUGUUGUCUAUCCAUCGCGCAGUGCGGGAAUCGUAGCUCGGGACGACUGGUAGUGUCUAUAGUUGUUGUAUAGUUUUGGGGUUAGGAACGAGUACUGUACUUUGAAGCACAGCUGCGUAAUAUAUAGGUACAGAAGGGCGCUGCAGAGCGUAUAUACACACAUAUAUAUAGAUAUAUAGUACGAUGUGGCCGUUUAGCAGUCGUUGUCAGAGCAAGGCGCGGCUGAUCGGUAAGACCGUUGUCAUCACCGGGGCCAACACCGGCAUCGGUAAGGAGACCGCUCGGGAUCUUUACCGACGAGGCGCAAGAGUCAUACUGGCCUGCAGGAACCUCGAGAAGGCGAACCAAGCCGCGGAAGACGUUCGGAAUAAUCCGCCCAGCAGAGCCGAGUUGGAGCAGUUCAAGGGCGAACCCGGUGAGCUGGUCGUCUGCAAGCUGAACCUCGCGAGUCUCGCCAGCGUGAGGGAAUGCGCGAAGAAGCUUAACGCGAGCGAGCCUCAGAUCCACCUGUUGAUCAACAACGCCGGGCUCAUGAUGUGCCCGAAGGAGAAAACCGAGGACGGCUACGAGCUGCAGCUUCAGAGCAAUCAUCUAGGACACUUCCUACUCACCUUACUGCUCCUGCCUAAAAUCAGGUCUUCGGCGCCCGGCGCCAGGAUAAUCAACGUGUCGUCCAUGGCGCAUAUCAGUGGUAGCAUGCACUUUGACGACUUGAACUUGGAAAAGUCGUACACGCCUCUGGUAGCCUACCAGCAGAGCAAACUGGCCAACGUACUCUUCACUGCUGAGCUCGCCCGCAAACUCAAAGACUCGGGAAUCGAGGGAAUCACGACUUACUCGCUCCACCCGGGCGUAAUCUCGACGGAGCUCGGUCGGCACUUGGACAAGUCUAUGUUCCCGGGCGCCCGGCUCUUCUUCACCGUUUUCAAGCCUUUCAUCAAGACGCCCGAGCUCGGCGCACAGACCAGCAUUCACUGCGCGGUCGACGAGACCGCCGCUCACGAGACGGGACUCUAUUACAAGGAGUGCAGAGUCAGCAGCCCAGCUUCCCAGGCGAACAGCAAGGAGGACGCGGAGAGGCUCUGGUCGGAGAGCCUGAAGCUCGUCGGGUUACCGCAGAAGGAGAAUCUUGCCGAACUGCUCGAGGCCAUCUCGAGUGAAAUCUUGCCUUCGUAGACGUGACAAGACGCGUGUACUGUAUUGUUUUCUUAAGAGUGUUAAUGUACUAUUACUAUUUCCCUGUAUCUGGUAUAGCCGUAGGUUCUUUUUCAUCAAACUUGUGUAUCCUACGUAUAUUUUAUUUUAUUUUUUUUUUAUUGAUGACGUUCGAUGAUUUUUUAUACCGUUGUACCGAAAUAAAAAUUGUCCAUCGAAAAGCA